AUGCACGCUGUCAUAUAUACAGCUCUGGACGAUAUCACUUCAUCUAGAAGCUCACAUUCAAGGCGGUAUCGUGCACUCAUAACCCUCGACAAACUAUUAGCAGACGAAUCGUUUGAGACGAACAUCGUAUCCCGACUCUUAUCCUUCCUCGCCCUUUCUCUCCUCCAGCUCGACACUCUCUCCUCUCCAUCCCUCUCAACCCCAAGCACCCCUUCCCGUUCGCACCACCACUCCCGCUCGCACUCCCCUUCCCCCUCCCCAGACGCGGCAAACCUGAACAACAGCAUCAUCCUCUCCCUCCAGCUACUGCAGGGCUGCGCCUUCCUCCACCCCCAGUCUAAAGCUUACCUGGGGAGGAAGGCGCCGCUUCAGCUCUUACUGGAUAUUUUGCUAGCUUCGAGACCGCAUCAUGCGCCUAUUGGAACAUCGCUCUUGGCUACAGAUAGCCGUGCGCCCUCUUCGGCUUAUCCCAGCCCUUCACCCGUCCCUCUCUCACCACUCGAGCCAGCUCAACAACCUACCCAACCCUCCCAACCCCAAGCACAAGGCAAACCAAGCAUAGCCCUCUCAAUCCUCGACACCCUCCUGUCAAUACUCGUCGACUCCCCCCCCUCUCUCCGGGCGUUCGAGGCCGCCUCUGGCCUGGAAGGGGUGGUGAGGACGCUUAAGAGGGUGGGUGUGCCUAGGGAGGUGAGGAUGCGCUGUUUGGAGUUUUUGUACUUUUAUUUGUUGCCUGAGGGGCCUGAGGCGGAGGGGGCAGAGGGUCCCGAGAUGCUGGACGUACACCGACUGGGAGGGAAGCUCCUCGAGGGGGAGGGGUGCAGUCCUUCGCCACUCUCAAGACCUCCCACUCCCCCGCCAGCAACAGCAGUCCCUCCCCUAACAAACUCCCGGUCAUCCAGCGCUUCCUCCUCCAGUUCACUCGAAACGACCGCUUCCGCUUCUGCGGGUAGGCCCUUCCCGGUGAGAGGGAAGCUCGCUUUUGCACUGGAAGCGGAUGGGAUAGGGACGGGGAUAGCGGUGGGGACAGGGGUGGGGAUGGAGGGGUUCGUUCCUGCUACGCCUAAGAAGAAACUGGCCAGGAUAGGGAUGGGAACACCGAGACAUCCUGGUUCUGCAUCUGGUUCUGCACCUGGUUUCGGUCCCGGCUCUGGGACUGGGACCGGGACUGGGAUUGGCACUGCUCCGGGCUCAGGUUCAGGAGCGGGAAUGAGGCUAGGCACUGGGACGGGAAGCCGGACAGGGACGGGGACGGGAAUAGGCAGGGAGCUCGCGGGAAGAACGGUGCCCAGUCUGGAACUUACGACUCCCGGGAAGGGGAAGGGGAAGGGGGAUUCCCUAUCUUCCACUUCUACUCCUGGUGGGAUGCGCGGUUUGGGCUUAGCAAUUGUGGAGCGUUCUCUGGUCGAUCCCGAGCGCUCUUACCCCCGAGAACCCGGGACAGGGGCAGGGAGGGAAGGAGCCGGAGGGGCAGGGGUGAUGAGAAGUACGGAAGAGAAGAAGGAGAGGUUGGGCGCUUGGUUGGGGAAUGUGGACCAGCUUGUGGAGGGGGUUAGGAGGGCUGGGGUGUGGGCUUGA